AUGUUAGUUGACACAAAGUCCUCUUCAGCAUUACUAUCCACAUUUAAAACACCAAUUAGUAAAAAUACAACUACAGCUAUUGCUUGUUAUGAAAAUUGCCAUCAAAAUGUUGCUUCAUCUAGUUCGUUUGAACUAAAUACUGAUCAAUUAAAGCCAGUACAUAAUGAUGAAAUUUAUAUGCCUGGUACUACUGAUCAUGCUGAUGCUGUAGAACAAUGUGAAAUAGGUUCUUUGGAGAAAAUUCAAAGUCAAGAAAACUCAAAUUACAAUCAGAUUUUGGAAGGUCAUGAUAAGGAUCAUAGGGCAAUUGGUAAUCAAGUUUUGAAAGUUGGAGAAGAUACUGUGUUUAAUAACGAUCCAGCUACAUUUUGUAGCUUAAAAACUUUUCCUCAACAUUUCAUUAAUUGGAUUCUUAAAGCUGGUCCAUCUCAACCAAUGGCUGAUGAUUUUAUAGAUCAUAAAUUUCCAACUGAAAAUAAUAGGUCCUUUCAUUCAUCUUGGUACUACAAAAUACUUCCUAGUGGUGAUAAAGUAAAUCGUAAUUGGCUUAGUUAUUCGAAAACAACAAAUAAGAUUUAUUGUAUUCAUUGUAUACUUUUUGGAAGACAUACAAAACCAUCAUGGACAACGAACGGUUUUAAUACUUGGUCAAGAGGCACAACUAGUAUUAUUGUUCAUGAAACAUCAGAAGUUCAUUUAACAGCUUCAAUUCGUGCUAUGUAUAGAGAAGCUUCACUACCAAUUUUGCCAUUGAUACAUGAAAAGCAAAAACAAGUUAUUGCGAUAAACAGAGAAAUAGUAAAACACCUUAUUGAUAUAACAAUUUUUUUAGGUAGACAUUCUUUAGCUUUUAGAGGACACCGUGAAGGCUGGAAAGAAAAACUCCAUGGAAAUUUUAAAGAUUUAGCUAUUCUUUUAUCAAAAUAUUCCCCGGUUAUUACCACAUACAUAACAGAACUAGAAUCAUCAGGCAAAAAAAGAAAUUACUUGUCUUGGAAUAGACAAAAUCAGUUGAUUGAUUCCAUUGCCUACUUUAUUAGAUCAUCAAUAAUCUAA